GUUUCUUCAUAGGCGGGGGUUUUCUUAUAAAGUAACCAAAAGGAGCACACUUCCUCUGCGCUGCUGCCAAAACAACAUUGAAGAAUCGCAUCUCCUGGACAAUUUUACACUCAAAAUGGCUUCAGAUAAACCCAAUGUUUCAGAAGUGAAGGAUUUUGAUCAUAGCAAACUUAAACGCGUUCAAACGACGGAGAAGAACACUCUUCCAAACGAUGAAAGUAAGCUAUAAUUGAGUUCAUCUUAUGACUCCCUGGGCCGCCAGUGCAUUUAAUUGCAUGUACAAAGCUAAAAGAACUCUAAGUCUUUCACCUUGUUGUUAAACCGUUUAUUCUCACACUAUUUCAUGGCCAUUAUCCUUAGUUAGAGAGUCCGUUUUAUAUUGUGUUGCCUUGUUUGUGUUGUGCGUAUUAUAGCAUCAAAAUUGUUUGAAGUUCACGAGGCUGCAUAUUUUCAUAGAAUAUUUAAUGCAAUGGACAAAACAUUCCUACCUUUAGGCAAUUAUUUUACCAAGAACAGCUGGUCUUUUAAUUCAACAUGUAGUCCUGGUUAGAUAGGACAAAUACAUGCUUUCAUUUGUGAUGCAUUAAAAUUUAAAACGCGUGGUAUGUACAUUAAAAUUUGACUUGUACUUUUAGCUAUCAAACAAGAAUUGGCCCCUGAUGUUUUCCCCGACAGAUCAGAAGUGAAAGAUUUCGACACAAAAUGCUUAAAACAUGUCGAAACGGUUGAGAAGAACCCAAUUCCAUCGAAAGAUAGUAAGUAGAAAUAAAGUUUUGAAAGGCCUUUUGUCACGCACGUUUUUGCACGGUAGUUUGAACAUUCAUAAAAGAAGCUACUUCGCAAUUCGCUGCAUGAUAAUUUGUGUAAUGACUGGUAUUUUAAGCCAUGGCAGAGCUAAACUAUCUACUUUUAUAGCUAUUGACGAGGAGAAAAAGAAUAAACCAUUCGAAGGGGUAAAAAUUUACGAUAAAGCACGACUAAAUCAUGUGGAAACCGAGGUUAAAAACGCACUUCCUUCAAGUCAAGGUAAAGUUCCUUUAGCUAUCUAUUGUGUUUUGUUUUGACUCCUGCAAGUGUUAGGAUUAUUGACUCUCUAGGACUGCGUCAUGGUUGGGGAUCUAUGAAAGAAAGCCGAAAUGGGCUAACUUUAGCCAUUCAUUGUCAGUAAGCCUCUAAAAUGUCCUCAAAAUGUACAAAAGCUUGACAAUAAGUUGCUAUACAUGUGAAAUGUACAAUUUGUUUAUAAUGGUUGAAUUUGUAUAAAACUAUCUUUCUAAAAUACGUUACUCGAUUGUUUAUAUCCUAAACUAUGCAAGAAUUUUGAAUAUGAAAAGACUUCAAAGUUUCUAACUUGUUUACUGUAUAGCAUUAAUAAUGUUUAUUUUAGUAUUUUGUUAGAGCUGAUUAUAGCAAAAUUGCCAUGGGAUAAUUAAUUAUUAUUUUAGGGCUGCUAUGAAUUUUAUAUGACGGCAUUAAAAUAUUUGUGGUAAAUGCAUAUGUCGGUGCUAUUGUGUGCCAAUAUAAGUUUAAAGAAUCCUUUUUUGCCUUGUUUUGAUGUCCAAUUCAGAUGUUAUCGGAAAGAUAGAAGUCCAAUUGUAGGAAGUAUUCUUCAAUGUGCUGCAGUUUGUGUCAGAAAGACCCUUUGUCAAUAACUUUGGUCCUCUGAUAAUUAAACUCGAAAUGUCAAAGUAUUUUUACUGUAAUUCUUGUUGGGUAGUUCGGACAGAAUCCAUGACCGUGUUUCAGUGAGAUCUGGUCUGGUUAUAGUUUAACUUAAAGUAAAUCAAAGAUCAUGUGCAUGAUAUCAUCAUGGAUAUCAAUCAUGAAAACCAUCGUUUAUACAUGCUCAGACAUGUCACUUUGAGAAACCCUAGCCAGGCAUAAAGACAUUUACCACAUCCCUCUCUCUCUAUGCUUUAACCCACCACAUCGUUGCAAGGCGCAUAAGGGAGACCUCUGGCACGCAUGGUGAUGAAAUGUUGAAUAAAAUCAAUCCAAAGUCGUAUAUAUUAUAUCUCCAUCAACAUCCUGUUUCAGACUGUUUUUCAGACAAAAUAUUAUUUUUAACCCUCAAAGUUGCAUUGUAAUUCCCCAAAUUAUGUGCCCUACUUUGUUACUUUUUUCUGUCAGACAAUUUUAUUCCUGAAGGGGAGAGUACUGACACUUGAUGGGUUAAACACCAUGUGGUAUUAGGAUUAAAGCAUGUGGAAUAAUUUUUUUAUGAAGUGUAUGAGAAGUGUUUUAGAUAUACAGUGCUUUGUGCCAGAUCAAGUUACAUGCUGUUAGUAAUGAUCAUUGUUUUAAAAGCAGGUGCUUUUAUUCAAUCAUUAGAUCUGUCGUGUUUGGCAGAGUCAAACUAGAAGCAUUCUUCUCGCAUGCAAAUGAGGUGAAAUUAUAAUGAGACAACUGUAUAUUGCAGGAGUUUAACCCCAGUUAUGGAAGGUGAAAGAUGCAUGAGCAGGGUUUUUAUAGAAUAUACCACUUGAAGCCAAUGGUUAACUUUCUUACAAAUUAUCUUUGACUCGAGCCCCGUUUACACUACGCUCAAUUUUUGGUACGACACAGAUAAAAUUGGUACUCAUACCACUUUUUUGGUUCUUGGACUACCUAUUUAGCUAAGCCCUGUUUACAAUAUGGCGGCCUUACACUAUGGCGGCCAUGUUGGAGUUUCCCACUCGCUGAUAAACGCUUAAAAAACAACAAUAACUUUCAUCAUUUGUAUAGUUGAAAAUGUUGUGGAAUAGGUUUAACUUAAUGUUUAAGUUCCCUGUUUAAGAAAUAGAAACAUACGAGUCUUCUCAUCCUGAGUCUGCAAUCACAGCUUCAAUUUUUGAAUUGCAGAAUAAUUAGAUGCACUAUCUAGUGUAUAUAAGAUAUCUAUGAUGGCAACUGGCAACUGGUCAUGCUAAUAAACCUGCAUUUAAAUAGGUUAACCCAGUACUCUCCUUGAUGAGUAAAAUUGUCUGUCAUUAGACUGGGCGCAUCAGGGUGCAAUGUGACUCAAUGGGUUAAAGACAAUACAUUUCUAAAACCUAGGAACCCGUGAAUAAAGUAAAUCAUUAAAAAUUAGCAUGGCAUGGUCUCAUCACCAACUAUUGCUUGAAAAACUGUAUCAAGCCUUUUCAUAACCUUCCUCAGAUGUUUAUCAAGAGAUGAAGAAUGCUGCUGGAGAUUUGCCAGAUCGUUCUGAGGUGACUGCGUUUGAUCAAGGCAAACUGAAACAUGUAAAAACGACAGAGAAAAAUGUUUUGCCAGAUAAAUCAAGUAUGUACAUCUUUUAGAAUUGUUCACAGCUGGAUUAAAGCUAACCUUGUGUUAAUUUAACCCUCUGUGUUGGUUUGUGUAUUUGUGCAUGUUUGUGUAGAAAUUCUAUUGAUCCUGACAUGAUUCUUGGAAAAAUAUUGCCAAGCUUAUAAGCAAGUUGCAUGUAUACGUUCAUUGCUUUGAAAUUUUUCAUUAACCCAGGAUUGGGCUAAAUGGCUUACAAUCAACUUACUCCAGAGCAUUAGAUUUACCUCUUAAAGGGAAAUACACCACCUUGUUUAUAAGAGGCUUUUACUAACAGGAAACAAUAUUCCUGUCUAAUCUCUGGAUUAGAGUCAUGAAUAAGAGAUACAGUAGAUUAUUUUCUAAGGGGUGUGUAUUUCCCCAGGAAAAUUAUUUUCAAUAAGUCUUUGUAUUUGGGCACAUGUAUAUAAUUUAAUACCAUUGUGUCAAGAAGACCAUCUUAAAUGUUUACAUUUUACUUUAGUAAUCAUACAUGCAUGUGUACAAAAAGAUAUCAGAAUAUCAAAUAUUUUCAUGGAAAUAGUAAACUUUAAAGUACCUCAAUAAUCUAAUGCUCUGUUACUACUAGUUCAUGAGUUUAGAACUCUGUGUUCAAGAUCUUGAUAUCUUUUCUUCUUACCUCACCAGGAAAUCUUAUACUGACCUGCAUGUAUCCUAAUGUUUGAAUUAUUACUAUCAAUGAUAUUGUUUUGCAGCAAUCCAGGAAGAGAAGAUUGAUUCAAGAGCAGAAGUAAAAGAAUUUAGCAAAGAUAAAUUGAAACAUGUUGACACAGUGGAGAAGAAUCCUUUACCUACUGCUGGAGGUAACUUCAAAUUUGCUCAAUCACGUACAGUCCUUGAAACUCCCGAAAUUUCAGGUCAGCAAGAACUUGCCGACCUAAAAGCGAUAAUUCUCAAUCUAGGUCGGCAAAUAUUUUCAAAACAAAUAGAAAAUAUCCAAAUGAAAAUUUAAUUUGCUUGCUGCAAAUACGUGUAUUUAUGAACUGCAAUUAAUUGCAAUCAACAGCAAUAGCAAACAAAACAACUAACAAAAUGUAUGAACUCCAAUUGAACAGUGCAUGUUGUGACCAAAUGUUGUGACAGACUGUACACUACUUUAUUACCAUAUACUUUCGCUUAAAUCUUGGAGCUCGACGAUAUUAAUACGCAUGUUUACUUUUCAAAGUUUUCAACAAUGAAACUGCAAUGUGACUAUGCAAGCUAAUGAUCAAAACCUGAUAAUUAAAACAUCGUUGAAAAUGCGUAUGUGAAAGAUGGGUUCACGGAAAAAAAUGCAGAGACGUAUUUGAAAGUAGGUCGGCAAAAUCUUGCCGACCUAAAUCUACACAUAUCGCUUUGCAGGUUGGCAUUUAGAUUGGCAUUGCCGAAUGCCGACCUGAGUUUCAAGGACUGCAAUCAUAAUCCCAAUUGUAACUCUAGACCUGACAUAACUCUUGUCCUAAUUUCAAUAUGUCCCUAAUGCAAACUCUAACCAUAAACAUAAUCCUAACACUAACUCUAACACUAAUCCAAAUUAUAUUCCUGACAUCAAUACACUCCUGUAGUCAUCAGAGCUGUCUGCUGCGGGAAAUAGUGCUUCCACUUUCCCCAAUCUGUAUUUUUGAUGGCAUAAUUAUUAAAUUAUUUUAAUUUAUAGAUAUUGUGGCGUCUCGAAUGCCGAAGGUGAAACCAGACAGAUCGGAAGUGACAACGUUUGAUAAAGACAAUUUGAAAAAAGUCGACACAACCGAGAAAUCUGUUUUACCAGAUCAAAAAGGUAUGGUGUGUCUUACCACAUAGUCUGACAGUGGGUGUGGUUGGUGAGUUGGUUGGUUAGUCAACCAGGACAGUCUGUUUUAUUUUUAUCUUGUAUUUUCUUAGCAAUCCAAGAAGAGUUAGUCGAAUCAAGAGCUGAAGUAAAAAGUUUUGAUAAAAGUAGUUUGAAACAUGUUGACACUGUUGAAAAGAACCCUCUACCAGAUGCUGGAAGUAUGUAAUGACAAGUUGUGUGUUUGUUGUAUAAACACUCCAUCAAUCCACCCCUCUAAUAAGCAUCCCUCUCUAAUGAGAAUCUCCUCUCUAAUAUACACCCCUCUCUUUAAUAAGCACCCAUCUCCUCUCUAAUAAGCACCCCCACACUAAUAUGCCCCCACUCUCUAAUAAACAUCCCCUCUCUAAUAAGCACCCCUCUCUAAAAGCAUCCCCUCUCUAAUACGCACCCCCCUCUAAUACGCACCCCCCUCUAAUAAGCAUGUCCCUCUCUAAUAAGCACUACGCACCCCCCUCUAAUAAGCAUGUCCCUCUCUAAUAAGCACCCCUCUCUAAUAAGCACUCCCCCUUUAAUAAGCACCCCUCUCUGUAGUAAGCACCCCCUUUCUAAUAUGCACCCCACUCUCUAAUAAAUGCCCCACUCUCUAAUAAACACCCCACUCUCUAAUUAGCACCCCUAUCUAAUAAGUAUCCCUCUCUAAUAAGCAUCCCCUCUCUAAUAUGCACCCCCCUCUAAUAAGCAUGUCCCUCUCUAAUAAGCACUACGCACCCCCCUCUAAUAAGCAUGUCCCUCUCUAAUAAGCACCCCUCUCUAAUAAGCACUCCCCCUUUAAUAAGCACCCCUCUCUGUAGUAAGCACCCCCUUUCUAAUAUGCACCCCACUCUCUAAUAAAUGCCCCACUCUCUAAUAAACACCCCACUCUCUAAUUAGCACCCCUAUCUAAUAAGUAUCCCUCUCUAAUAAGCAUCCCCUCUCUAAUAUGCACCCCCCUCUAAUAAGCAUGUCCCUCUCUAAUAAGCACUACGCACCCCCCUCUAAUAAGCAUGUCCCUCUCUAAUAAGCACCCCUCUCUAAUAAGCACUCCCCCUUUAAUAAGCACCCCUCUCUGUAGUAAGCACCCCCUUUCUAAUAUACACCCCACUCUCUAGUAAACACCCCACUCUCUAAUAAACACCCCACUCUCUAAUUAGCACCCCUAUCUAAUAAGCAUCCCUCUCUAAUAAGCAUCCCCUCUCUAAUAAGCAUCCCCUCUCUAAUACGCACCCCCCUCUAAUAAGCAUGUCCCUCUCUAAUAAGCACUACGCACCCCCCUCUAAUAAGCAUGUCCCUUUCUAAUAAGGACCCCUCUCUAAUAAGCACUCCCCCUUUAAUAAGCACCCCUCUUUGUAGUAAGCACCCCCUUUCUAAUAUGCACCCCACUCUCUAAUAAACACCCCACUCUCUAAUUAGCACCCCUAUCUAAUAAGCAUCCCUCUCUAAUAAGCAUCCCCUCUCCAAUACGCACCCCGCUCUAAUAAGCAUGUCCCUAUCUAAUAAGUACCCCUCUCUAAUAAACACUCGCCCCCCUUUGUCCUCCUCUAAAAACUCCCUCUCUAAAACGUGACCUCCUUAUGGAAACCUCUCGUAAGGAGGUUCUGAGUGAAAAUCUUCUCUUCCUUACAGCACUAGCGGAAGCUCUUCGACCAAACAAUCUCCCAGAUAGAUCUGCAGUCGCUGAUUUCCCAAAAGGAAACCUUAAACAUGUAGAAACAAAAGAAAAGAACGUUAUACCUGACAAAGAUGGUACUAGAUGUUUUUAAACCUUAUUUCAUAUUUCACUUUAGUAGCUGCAGUAAGUUGCUUAUAUUUUAUUUUUAAUUUCUUCAGCAAUUCGUGAGGAACUCGUUAACUCAAGGGCGGAGGUGAAAUCGUUUGACAAAUCUAAACUACAGCAUGUAGAAACUAAGGAAAAGAAUCCUUUGCCCGACGCUAAGUGUAAGUAUGCUUUGGUAAAUUUAAUUUUCUUCCUGUAGUAACACUGAAUCAAUAAGGGAUUGCAAUUACUGGAUCUCUAGAGAGAAGAGUUUAGAACUGAUAGAGCUAUUCAGUAUAAAUAAAGUUAGUUUAGUUUAGGUUUCCUCCUGUGGUAACACUGAAUCAAUAAGAGGUGAUCAUUACUGGACCUCGCGAGAAGAGUUUAGAACUGAUAGAGCUAUUCAGUAGAAAUAAAGUUAGUUUAGUUUAGGUUUCCUCCUGUAGUAACACUGGAUCAAUAAGGCAUGACACUUACUCAGCCUCUAGGAAGGAAUGAUUUUGAACUGAUAGAGCUACUGCAUCUGGUAUAAAUAAUAAAACUGGAUCUAUAAGAAAUGCUCUUUUUGUUUUAGCGAUCGCCGAAGAGAAAUCGGCUUCGUAGACGGCGAUAUAUACUGUAUGGAAUCGUGGAGAUUUUUUCUAUUCAAGCUUUAGAAAAGACAUUUGAUAUAUUUGUGAUUAAAUCAUACAGCGAACGACGGUGACGAGAGACGGUGUUAGUAGUUGUCAAUUUAUUCUGUCCAAACACGUAUAGCAUUUAGUUAAAUGUGGCUCUCUCGCACUAUAUUAUUUGACAUUAUUUGAAAUAGACUGAAAAAAAAGGAUUUGAUUUUAUAUUGUGUUCUAGUGGUGCAAAUAACACAUGGUAUACUCUCGU